CCAGACUUCAAAUGAGUCAAAUCACAGACAAGAUUGCAUUAAAUCGCAGCAAUCAUUUUAAUGAAACUGUUCCCACGAAUAUUCUCGAGAAAAUUCCAGCUACUUUUUCGUCUUUAAAACUAACUUCUACAAACACAAACCACGCUCAAACCCAGUCCAUCACCGAAUCUGGCAAUUGAUUAUUAACUGAUCCAAAAUUUUCUGGAAAACACAAAUCCAUGGUGGUUUUAGCAAGAAAGAAACGAGUUACUGACCCGUUUGACGACGAAGCCAAAGCGCGUCUAGUCGGCGGCGACCGUCGGCAGCUAAGCUUCACCAGCAGCGGGAGCGAACAUUCCGGUGACGGCGACUCGCCGUGCCUCUCCGAACUCGUGCAUGAUUUCCUCGAGGACAAUGACGGCUCGGAUAAUAACUCAGCGAGGAACGACUUUGACUCGGAGCGAGUCGACUCGGUCUCCGAUUGUGUAGACUCGGUGGAUGAUCUUCUUAUGCUAAGGGAAUCCAACGCUUCCGACUCUUACACAAACUUGCUUCUCGCGCACGCUUCGGAGGCCGCGGAGAAGUUCGCGUUUUUGAAGGAACGAAACAUUUCGACGUAUCUGCGAAACGCCAUGUCGUUUUUGCGCGAGAGCGGACACAAUGCCGCGAUUUGCAAAACGCGGUGGGAUUCUUCCGGUGGCACCACGGCGGGUAACUAUGAGUUUAUCGACGUGGUACGAUCAGGACCAUCCACGUGGCAUAAGAGGUACUUCGUGGACCUUGAUUUCGUGGGCCAGUUCGAGAUCGCACGGCCCACGAGUGAGUAUCUAGAUUUUCUGAGCUACGUGCCGCGAAUAUUCGUUGGAACUGCAGAGGAAUUGAAACGCACCGUUCGGAUCUUGUGCGGUGUUGCGAAGCGUUGUUUUAGGAAACGGGGGUUAACUGUGCCUCCGUGGAGAAAAAACCGGUACAUGCAGAACAAGUGGUUUGGUCCGUAUCGGAGGACCACGAACCCGGUUCAGGGAAACCCGGUUCCCGCUGUCGUCUCUGUGUUGGGUGGUGCCAAAUGUAGGUUCGUGGGGUUUGACGACUCUGUUUCUGAGGCCAGACGCGGCGGUGUGGUUGUCCGUACGAGAUGAUUGAUUUUUUUUUUAAGCUUUUAUUUUAUUUUUUAUUUUAGUUUAAUUUAGGUGUUGCAUAUGAGAGAUUUUAUAAAAAGGAACUAUGGGUUGUUGAGAAA